AGCGCAGGGUCGCCGUGACGUCACGGCCGUGCUGAGCGGGGCUGAGUUGUAAACGCAGCUCAGACGGAGCCGCGCCGACGCAGCGGACGCUGCUACGAUGCUCUGGUCCCGGUGCUGGUGCCCUGCUCUCUGAGGAGAACACGCCGCUGACUGCUACCCUGUUCCUGGGCUGUUUUUCUUGGCCACGUUAACAGCCCCACACACAUUUUGGAUCUCUUUUGUACCCCCCCCGGGUUCCCACCAUGUCCUCCGCGGCGGUCGCCGCCUCCCGGAGACAGUCCUGCUACCUGUGCGACCUGCCCCGCAUGCCGUGGGCGAUGAUCUGGGAUUUUACCGAGCCGGUUUGCCGCGGAUGCGUCAACUACGAAGGGGCCGACCGGAUCGAGUUUGUGAUCGACACGGCCCGGCAGCUGAAGCGGGCCCACGGCUUCCAGGAGGGCCGCUCUCCGGGCCCGGGGAAGCCCCCGCACGCCGGGAAGGACGUGCACCACCCGGCCGGGGAGCCGGGCUCGCGGCCCCCGCAGCCGCUGGACCGCUACCCGCCGCGGCUGGGCCCGGAGUACCAGGCGGGCCGGGCCCUCAACGGCUUCCCCAAGGCCGAGGAGCCCCCGGAGCUCAACCCGCAGAGCCCGGGCCCCCGCAGGACUAGCGCGCUGCCGCCCAGCCUGCUGCCGCUGGGCAACGGGGGGCUGGUGGGCGUGCACCCGGGGGUGCACCCGGGGGCGCACCCAGGGGUGCACCCGCUGAACGGCCGCGGGGGCCCGCUGGGGCUGGCCGGGCCCGGGCCCGGGGCCAUGGCGGGCCCCGGGGAGCCCGGGAAGCGGCCGGAGGAGCUGAAGGACAAGCACCGGGACGGCCUGUCGGAGCUGGACGGACACAAGGACUGGCUGGUGAAGGGCAAGACGGUGCGGGACCUGAUGACGCUGCACACCUUCGACCGGUACAAGAAGGAGCACGGCGGGGGGAUGCCCAGGGUGCUGGCCUACGACACCAGUGCCACCUCCUCCAAGACAGACCGGGGGAAGCACAGCCGGCCCGUGAAGAGGAAGGCCUCCCCCGAGCCCGACGGCGAGGGCAGCACCCCCAAGAUGAACGGAGGCGAGGGCCCGCCGUGGCUCCCCUCGCCCUCCGACAUCCUCAAGAUGCCCUCGUCCUCUCUGUCUGGCUUUCCGGCCGGCCCCCCCUCCACCAUAUCGCCCCACUCCCACGGCACGCCCCCCGAAGCCGCCGCCACGCAGAACGGCCAGUCGCCCAUCGCCGCCCUCAUCCACGCCACCGAUAACGCGGGGAGCGCGGGCUCGCCGAAGGACGGCAACCAGGUACACUCCACGACGGCGGGCGCCCGGCGGAACAGCGGGAGCCCCCUGUCGCCCUCCUCCGCCUCCCAGAGGAGGCUGGCUCAGAGGGAGGGGCCUGUGAGCACGAACCCCUCGGCGCCGCACGGGCCCGCCGGCAUGGACACCCACGUGCCGCCUCAGAGCAUUCCGGACUCGUCGGUGCCGCCCGGCAGCGUGCCCCUGUGCUGCACGCUGUGCCACGAGCGGCUGGAGGACACGCACUUCGUUCAGUGCCCGUCGGUGCCCUCACACAAGUUCUGCUUCCCCUGCUCCCGGGAGAGCAUCAAGCAGCAGGGGGCCACCGGGGAGGUGUACUGUCCCAGUGGGGAGCGCUGCCCGCUGGUUGGGUCCAACGUGCCCUGGGCCUUCAUGCAGGGAGAAAUAGCCACCAUCUUGGCUGGGGACAUUAAGGUAAAAAAGGAGAGGGACCCUUGAAGAGCUCGCCGGCUCUUCCUCCUGAACUUAAUUCUCUUUAACCCAACGACAGCGGACAUACCCACCUUAACAUGAAUCACUCAGCAAGCCCCCAGACAAACGACUAACAUGUACAUAUUGGAUACAAGGGAAGUGUAUACUUCGUAAACUUGGCUGUAUAAUUUUUUAGAUUUUUUUUUUUUCCUUUUUUUUUUUUCCAAUACACUUUGUUUCUAUAUUUUGAAGAUGAAGAGGCAUGUACUCUUCAUCACAGACUUCCUCAUCACACUUGUUUCUUUUCGUUGGUGUACUUUAGGUCUGGAGAGAGUCCCUGUCAAACAUAGAAUGUGACUAAUUUGAGCACUUGGCUUAAAAUGUUAAUAAAAAAAGAUGAAAAUAUGCUUCUAGCUGUACAUGUAUGCACUUGUUCAAGGAAAAAAAAAAGAAAAAAAAACUUGCCAAAUACAGUUUCAGAUCCUGUAAUAAUA